AUGAUCCGCCAAGACUUCAAGUUCUGGUCUUCUUGGGGCACCGGAGGUUCCCGCGAACGUGUGGCGCCUUGGCAACUUGGUCCAGACAGAACUUCCAAGGAUAUGCCUGAGGAUAUCCUGCGAUGGGUAGCUUCUAUGGAUACGGACUUGGCUCUUGCUCAGCUCUUGUCCAGCAACGAUGGUAUUUCUGACGCUGAAGCUACAGCUCGACGAGGUAUUCAUGGCGAGAAUGUUGUCUCGUCUAGCAAGCCUCAGUCGUGGUUCAUGCUUCUUCUGUCUGUCCUUCCGAACCCGUUCAAUAUCUUACUGGUCUUCCUGGCGAUUCUUAAUGUUGCGUUGCCGGAUCCAAGCUGGAAAGGAUUUGCUGUUCUCAUAGUCAUGAUUGUCAUCUCGGUUGCUGUACGCUUCUGGCAAGAGUACCAAAGUGGAAUAGCUGUCUUUCGCCUCCAAUCGUCAAUCGUCCCCAAGGUCCGAGUCCGUCGACCUGCGACCGAAAAAGACGGACUGCAGACUUCCUGGACUGAGGAGACUGUUACUGACAGCAAUCUGGUCCCUGGAGAUGUGGUGAUUCUGGUGCCAGGGGCGAUUGUUCCUGCUGAUUGUCUUAUCCUCGAGUCAUCUUAUCUCAGGAUCAGCCAGUCGGCUUGGACAGGUGAAAGCGAGCCUGUGCUCAAAGAAACUGGCCCACCUGAUGCGAAAGAGGCUUUUUCGAUCUUUGACUACGGCAAUGUGGCACUUAUGGGUACCAACAUCGUGUCUGGUCACGGGGUUGGUCUUGUACUUCGAACUGGUGACGACGCAAUGAUAGCGACCAUGGUCAAAGAGGUAGAGAAGAAGCGACAGCCAAACGCCUUCCAAAAGGGCAUUCUCAACGUUACGUGGAUGCUCAUUGGGUUCAUGGUUGUCAUGGUUCCUAUCGUCCUGGUCAUCUCUGGUAAAACCACAGGAGACUGGAAAAGUGCUGCACUUUUCAGCAUCAGCGUUGCCGUUGGUCUUGUUCCCGAAAUGCUUCCCGCCAUCGUCAAUGCGAACCUCGCUCGAGCCGCCCACCAGCUUUCCAAGAAACAAGCAAUUGUCAAGCGCCUUGACUCGGUUCAAAAUCUCGGAGCUAUGACAGUUCUCUGCAGCGAUAAGACAGGAACUUUGACCAAAGACGAGCUUUCCGUACAUCGAUACACGAACCCCGACGAAGAAGAAAAUCUGAACAUCAUCGAGCUGGCGAAAGUCGAUUCCCAAAUUCAGGGCAACAGUGGAAACAACAUGGACAGAACCAUUCUCAAUUAUCGCCUGCCGCACGAAGAGGAUGUCCCUGUAGCUCAUUACGACAAGGUUCGCGUCAUCCCAUUCGAUUUCGAGCGUCGUCGAUCAGGAUGCGUUGUUCGCGGAAUCACCGGACAGAAUCUUCUCAUCGUAAAAGGCGCUUUUGAGGAAGUGCUUGCUCGUUGUUCAUCUAUGAGAUGUCAUGGCAAGAGUGAGAACCUGAGCGAUGAGCAACAGCAGCGCUGGAGAAAGAUGGCUCUUCAGAUGAACAUGGCAGGGUACCGUGUUCUUCUCUUGGCGACCAGAACUCUUGGAAAGUCUUUUGUCGAUGAUGUUAAUAUGCUCGAGACAAACAUGACCCUCGAGGGCAUCAUCAGCUUCUCCGAUCCACCCAAGGACGAUGCGAAAGAGGCUAUUGCCAGUCUCACUGAACUUGGAGUUUGUGUCAAGGUUCUUACAGGCGAUACACUACCCGUUGCUCUCAACAUCUGCCGAUCUCUCGAACUGCUUCAGCAACGUGAUACAACAGACGAUGACACUGAAGCCAUCUCCGGUCCGGAACUCGCGCUCCUUGAAGAUUCCCCCGAGUUCGACCUGGCCGUGGAGAGAUGCAGCGUCUUUGCCAAAGUGACGCCCAAGCAAAAAGGAUUGAUUGUCACAAGUCUUCAAAAGGCAGGCCACUGUGUGGGUAUGCUCGGCGAUGGGAUCAACGACUGUGGUGCUCUCCGAGAUGCUGACGUCGGUAUCUCGGUUGACUCGGGAGCUGGUGUUGCCAAGGACUGCGCCGAUUUGAUCUUGACGGAGAAGGGACUUUCCAUCAUUGUGCAGAGUGUUAUUCUGGGAAGGAUUACGCAUGGGAAUACGAUCAAGUACAUCAAGAUGGUGGCAUCCUCGAAUUUCGGCAACGUUUUUAGUAUCUUGGCGGCCAGUGCGUGGCUACCUUUUACGCCGAUGACCAGCAUUCAACUUCUCGCUCAGAAUCUUUUGUACGACAUCAGCCAGAUCGCCAUUCCCUGGGAUCGCGUAGAUGAAGAGUACCUCCGAGUACCACGAAGAUGGCACGCGAUGGAUAUCCUCAAGUUUGUCAUUGUCCUCGGUCCAACCAGUUCAGUCAUCGAUAUCUGCACCUUUCUCCUAGGCUGGUUCUACUACGGUAUACGAUCCGCCGACGACACGCAGGGUGUCAAGAUGUUUCAGACACAUUGGUUCCUCCAAGGACUCCUCACUCAGACUCUCAUCGUGCACUUGCUUCGCACAGCAAAGUUACCCAUCAUUCAGAGUCGUGCGGCGCCGAUACUUGUCUUCUCCACUGUGGCCAUCAUGAUCAUCGGCUUUGUUUUUCCAUGGAUCCCAGCUCUGAGGCCUGCCUUUCAAUUUGCCCAGCCGGCGGUGACCUUUGUCGGGUUCUUGGCGGCUGAGCUGCUGGCUUAUGCUGUAGAAGUUCAGUUGGUCAAGAUGGUCUAUAUCCGAGUAUUUGGUACAUGGCUGUAA